AUGGAUAUCGGGGAGAUGAUCCGGUCUCCGAAAGAUAUUACUAGGUUAUUACGUCCUAUGAGGUAUGAAAGAAUUGGCAACUCUCUGGAAUCCGACGAGAGUUUGGGGGAGUCAGUGCUGCGCAGAUAUCAGAGCGAUUCCCCGACGGUUCCAAGAGGUUUUCUGGCGGUUUAUGUGGGCCCGGAGAAUCGGAGGUUUGUGAUUCCGGCGAGUUAUCUGUCUAUGCCUGAUUUUAGGGUUCUGAUGGAGAAAGUCGCCGAGGAAUUUGGGUUUGAACAACAAGGCGCACUUAAAAUUCCCUGCGAAGAAGAGGAUUUUGAGAAGAUUCUGCUCAGGUGCUUCGAGAGGCAAGAAAAGAUGAAGAACAAGAAGUAA